CGAGAGAAUGUACAGCAUGACGUCAUCGGGCGCACCACAAAACGACGUCGUCUGUAACGCGUCGGGCACACACGCUACUCCCGAUGUCCGUGCUGCGGCUGUUGCUGCUCUAAAAAUGACAUCGUCGAGUGGCCGUGAUAUCGAUCAAUCAUCAAAGACUACGCUUUUAUCUCUCUAAAGUACCUCCCCGUAUAAAAUGGUGCCUUCGUACAAGCCUACAAUUCACGCGGUCCACUCUGUACCUACGUCGUUAUUAGUGCAAUACUGAUGAGACUCCAGACUCUUUCUCCAUAACAUACCUCUGUGUAUUUCUAUACUGCAAGUAGUGUCAAGUUUUAUUCGUCGAAAGAGUUUGCUAGAUAAGAAGGAAUCAUGAGCGAUCAGACAUUGAGCAGCCUGAUCAAGUGGCUGGACACUUUUGAGCUGAGAGCUGCUCACUCCACUGCUGAGGAUAUAAGCAAUGGAGUGGCGCUGGCAGAGGCGCUGUCCCAGAUUGCUCCGGAGUGGUUCACUGCCUCCUGGAACUCCAAGAUCAAGUCCGAUGUGGGAUCCAAUUGGAGACUUAAAGUCAGUAAUCUGAAGAAGAUUAUUGAGGCUGUUACCGAGUAUUAUGUCGAGUGCUUGAACCAACCGCUCGCAGGGUAUGUCAAGCCAGACGCACAGAAAAUCGGAGAACUCUGUGACAGUCACGAGCUGAAGAGACUUCUGCAGCUGGUACUGGGUUGUGCGGUUAAUUGUAACGAGAAGCAGUAUUAUAUCACUCGCAUCAUGGGAUUAGAAGAGGCAGUACAACAGGUUAUCAUGCAAAGUAUUCAAGAAUUAGAAAACAGUGUACAUGGACCCCGACUUAGUCUUGGAGCUAGUUUAAAUUUUGAAACAUUUGACGUUGCUGAUGGAGCUCAACAGAAGUUGUUGAGCGAGCUUCAAGCAGCAGUAGAUGCAAGGGACAAUAUGGCCCAGAGAUGCCAUGAACUAGAUCAGCAGCUGUCCCUUUUACAAGAGGAACGAAUUACUUUACAAGUGGAGAACAAAAAGUUGCAAGAGAGAUUAGAUGAAUUUGAAAAUCCAGAAGAGUCUGGAGCUCCAACAAGCCUCAAAUACUCUGGGCUCCGAAAGCAAGUAGAGACUCUCAAAGAUGAGAUGUUUAAAUUAGAAACAUCGCGAGAUGAUUAUAGACUAAAAGUAGAGUUAUUAGAAAAAGAAGUUUUAGAACUCCAGAUGAAACAAAUCGACCUGCAGAAAGCAGCUGAUGAAGCUAAUCACUUGAAAGAUGAAGUUGACGCUCUAAGAGAAACCGCUGACAAGGUUGCCAAGUACGAAUCAGCAAUAGAGGCUUACAAGAAGAAGAUGGAAGACUUUAGUGACCUGAGAAGACAAGUUAAAAUUUUAGAAGAUAAAAAUACAGAGUAUCUUCAAAAUAAAAUUGAAUACGAAGAAGAGGUAAAGCGAGCAGGUCACUUAAGAAAUCACCUAGAGUUGUUGAAAAAGCAGCUAGGAGAAGCUCACUUCAAACUUGACGAGCAGACAAACAAGUGUGACAAACUCGAGUACGAAGCGAAAAAACUCGAGACUCAGCUAGGCGCUGUUCAACGCGAAAGAGAUAGAUUGGUAAUAGAGCGCGACGCUCUGAAGGAAACCAACGAGGAGCUCAAGUGUGCACAGCUUAAUACCAUGGAGAAUGUGACGAAUCUUAGCACCGACGAGGCAGUCGUCAACACGGAAAUUAUCCCACCAGCGAUAAAGGAGAAGCUUGUGCUUUUGCAACACGAGAACAAAAUGCUCAAGCUGAAUCAGCAAAAGGGAAGCGAUGACAAGUUGCCGAUGCAAGCGUUGCUGGAAGAUUCAGAGGAGAGAUUGAAUAAUCUCAGAGGACAAAAUCGCAAGGCUAAUCAGAGAAUAAUUGAGCUGGAAAACAAAUUGGAAGAGCUGGCGGGUAACCAGGCGUCCGAGUCAAAGAGUGAGCAGCAAAAGUUCCAGCAACUCCAGGACGAGCUUCGCCGACUUCAGCUGGAGUGCGAACGUCUGAGCGUGCACAACGAGGAGCGCGAAAGCAGUUUGCAAUCACAGAAGCAGAAGGUCCUGAGCCUACAGGAGAAUCUGUCACGUAAAGAGUGCGAACUGGCCGCCCUAGAAGAGCGCUACAAAAAGUACGUCGAGAAAGCCAAGAGCGUGAUAAAGGCGUUGAAUCCUAAGCAGCUUCAACAGCAACACGGCAGCAAUGCUCAGUCACCCUCGGAGAUGCGUAAUCGUCAAGAUGGCAGUGCCGAGGACAAGCGCAACAAGACCAUCGAGGACGUCGAGCGCAAGGACAUGAUCAUCCGGGAUAUGGAAGAGAAGCUGAUGAUUUCAGCGUUCUAUCAUUACGGCUUGACGAGGCAUCGAGAGGCCGUUGAUCAAAGGCUCGCGGCACUGAGUUCUGGUCAGGGACAGUCUUUCCUGGCUCGGCAAAGACAGCCUACACCCAGGAAGCUGUACUCUGCUUAUAAUUCAAAGUGAUCGAUGAUGGACCAGACGAUAUUUAUAUUUGUAUAGAUAGUCGCGCUGACAGCGCACGUUGAGGCCUUUUCACUCGAAAUGAUAUAUUAAUCAAAGUGUCUCUGCACUGCAAUGUGCAAUACGGUGGAGCUG